AUUGCUGACCCACACAUCCACAUUAAUUUUAUUAAUUAUUACUGAAUUUUGCUGUCUGCAACGGCUCCAUUCUGUUUUCUUUUCUCACUAAAACUUUAUUUGAAUUUGAACAAGAACAACUCGAAAACACUGAAAUAAAUGUCUUUUAAGAAAGUGUAAAGCCAAUAUGAGUUUUCGCCAAACCUUAUGCUGUUUUGUCCAAUUGUCCAGGCAGCAAAUUUCACAAUCAAUGAGAACAGUUUCUUAAGGAAAGGUGUUUCACAGUUAUUCAAUAAGAAAACUAAGAUCUUCAAUUUUACCGUCUAUUUGACAGUUGUUCAUAAAAGGAAAUUAUGACUCAUCCGAUGUCGUUGGAGCUUAUAAAGCGUCUCAGCACGUGGCCGGAACUGCAAAAGUCAGUAAUGAAAAAUAGCCUAGCCUUGUUAGAGGGUGCAGCUGAACAAACAAAUUCAGAAGACACAAAUGAAGACCUCGACGAUAUGGAAGAAAAUCCCGCGUUGGAAGGCCACUUUCUCACCGAGCGCUCGCCGGAUGUCUCGGCGCUCGACAGUUGCAUCUGCAAGUGCCAUAGAGCACAGACGACGUUGCGUAAACUCUCUCUUCCGUUCAACUGCAGCAAGUGUAAUCAGCAGUUCUGCUGCAAAUGUCAGUUUGAAGUCCAUCGAGAGUCCCAUCGCGGCCAGCGCAAACACCAGUGUGCUACCUGCGGGAAGACGUACAACUACAAGAGUGAUUUGGGGCGACACGAAUUGGUACACGCUCAGGUCAAACCACAUGUUUGUAAGGUUUGCAACCGAUCUUUCAACCAAGUAGGCCACCUAAUCACGCAUCGGCUCACUCACACAGGGGAGAAACCGUUCACCUGCGAAGUUUGCAACAAAUCGUUCAGCCGCAAGUCUAACCUGCACAAGCACAUGUCGGUCCAUACUGGGGAACGCCCGUUCCAAUGUACCACUUGUGAUUCUAGAUUCAGUCGCAAGGGGGAUCUUCAGCGGCAUUCGAUGCUCCACACAGGCGAACGUCCGUACAAGUGCGACUUUUGUGACAAGACGUUCAGUCAAAAGCCGCACCUCACGAGCCACUCAGCUGUUCACACGGGUGAGCGACCCUACAAGUGUCUGGCUUGUGGACGAUCCUUCAUCCGCAAGAACCUGCUGUUGAAACACCAGGAGGAGGACUGUGCAGACUUCGCAACCACGAGCGAUUUUACCACUCUGUCUUCAAACUCGUUUUUCAACUUAAACCAUCUACUGGCGGGAGACGACGAGACCGAAAGCACCGUGGAAAAGUCUUUUUUCAACGUUUCUGUGAGCGAGAAAUGUAAAUCGGUUAAGUCGGAUCGCAAGAUGUCAAGAUCAAGAUUGAUCAAGAAUAAGAAUUUAGCUCAUAGUGAAGUGGAUGCAGAAAAUUCCAAAAGUGAAACCGAGUCUGAAGUAAAAGUUGAAAAUAUAGAAAGUAUGGAACAAGAUGAAGAUUCGUCUGAAAUAAACGAGAAAGACGAAGCAAAACUUCCGAUUAAAGUUUUUAAGAAGAUUGUGGAUGUUUAAUAUAUCUGUUAUUCUUAAAACCAGCUUGUUAGAUUAGUUUAUAGUGAAUGUUGUAGUUAAUGUCACUUCAUUGAAUUGUAAUCGAGAAAUUGCAUCAAAACAGUAGUUUUCUUAAAAUGAAUUUAAAUAGUCAUGCUUAAAAACAUGACUAUAACGUUUUACUUUAGACAAUUAUGUUUCUUGUUGUAUUAUCAAUUUAAUUUGAAUCACACGCUUAAUUGAUUGUUGAGAUGUGGUAUUUUUAUUUCUUUUGUACAAGUUAUUUCAACAUAUACUGUUAAGUAAGGUUACUAAUUAAUCCAUGUUACACAUUUAUUGAGUCCUUUUUAAGUGUUAUUUUUUGUUUUGUAAAUAUUUAUGUGAACACAAAAAUUAGUCUCACGACAAUAAACAUACUGUUUGAUUCCUGAUGAUUACUAAUUUUACUUUGGAGAAUGGUGCUUUGAAAACACACUUAUCUCUUAUCAAAUAUGUCAUAGCACUCACUAAUGCACUGCUCUAUUUAGUUACCAUCUUAGUAACUUUUACAAUCAGUAGAUUAUGUUUUAGAAUAGAAAACAGAGAAUCUUUCCUAGUUUUAAGUUCAUAUAAUUAUUCUACAGAACUUUUUUUAUUAACUGUAGUUAGGCCUACGAAUUAAAUGUAGCAUAAAUGUUGUAGGGAAUUAAAUGUAUGCUUUAUUACAUAUAUGUUCCUUCUCUGUAUAUUCUUUAUUACUUAUAGUAUUACAUAUUGGAGAAAGUAUUAUUGAUGUCAAAAUGUCCGAGGUUGAGUUUUUGGUAGAAAUAUCCGUUUUGGAUCCCUAUGAACCCAAAAAAGUGGUUUUAAAAGUGAGUGGAUGUAUACAGAGUUACAGACACCUGUGGUCCGAUUUUGAUUACAUUUAGUAUGUGGGCGUUAAUCCAUGGUAUCUCCAGGUAUUUAUUCAAUUUAAAUUUUAAAUAUGGAUUUUUCCUUAGAAACACAUUAAAUAACAGAGAAAUAGGAUUUGUACAAAAACAGCUCACACAAUUUAAGUUCUAAUUUAAUAUGUUAUGACUCUAUCAACUCUAAGCAAAAUGGUACAACCCAUGCUGUAAAAAUUACGAUUCAAAAUAUAUUGCUUUUGUUAUUUUCCACAUAAAAUAUCAUAGUCACUCCCAUUGCCCAUGAUAAGGGUUGUUGACAAGCUAAUGGGAGAAAGUAUUCGUCAGAUUGCUGAAACCGUUUAUUAUAUUUCUAUUAUUUCACUGAACAUCGAUUUGAUUUGGGGUUUCAGGAAUUACUUCCGAUAGUUUUAUGUCUACUGUAUUUUCAACGAGUUGGCUGGUUUUGAUAUUUAUUUUAUUUUUUGAAUGGUAUCUGGGCUCAGAAACUUGGAAUGGAUCCAGCGACUUUCAGAUUGAAGGCGAGCACUGUAACCAUUCUGCUACCAAGACAAUGUUAAAUAGACUAACUUAUUACAGGAACAAUAUAUAAUAAAUUAGUGUUUAUUCAUGACCAAAAAUUCAGUAUUGCAUUAUUACUAAGCUGAUUCUUUUAGUUACCGUAGCUUUUAUAAGAACUAUUGUUUGUUAAGUUUAGACCAAUGUGAUGGACGUUUUGUUAAUUUGACUGUUGUAGGCUGUAUUAAGGAAAUAAAUAACAUUACU